GCUGAGCCCAGGAUAUAUAUAAAGGUGCCGGCGCUGUACUGCCCACAGAAACACCUCCGGGCGCUAAAUAGCAGCGAGCAUCCAAAGAUAACUUGAGCCACUUCACUGUUAGCUGAACUUGAGAAAUGAAGUUCACCGCAAUUGCCAUUCUCGCCCUCGUGGCUUGCGUCGCCUACGCUGAAGACCCCAAGAAGGCAAGUGAGAAGGACGAAAAGAAGGAUGAGAAGAAGGACGUCGAGGGUCGUGGUGGCCUCCUAGGCGGCGUGGGUUUGGGUGGCGUCGGCUACGGAGCCGGCUACGGUGGCGGAGUGGCCCCAGGACUCGUCGGCGGCGGAGCUGUAGGCCCAGGCCUCGGCGUUGUCGCUAACCCUGCCCUGGUUGGAACCGGUGUCGGUCACGGAGUCGGCGUAGGACAUGGAGUCGGCUUGGGACACGGAGUCGGCGUAGGACACGGAGUCGGCGUAGGACACGGAGUCGGCCUGGGACACGGAGUCGGCGUGGGACACGGAGUUGGCCUGGGGCACGGAGUCGGCUUGGGACACGGCGUAGGCGGUGGCUUCCAGUCGGGCUACGGCGCCGCGGCCGGCGGACACCAGUCAGGCUUCCAAGGCGGAGCCGCCGGUCACAGCCAGGGUUCCGGCGCCUUCGCCGGUGGCGCGUCGCGCAGCACUGUGAACGCGUUCAAGAACGACCAGGGUUACAGGCACACCUCCGGCUUCUCGGCGAGCGAGAGCAAGAAUUUCGGUGCAGGCCACAAGCAGGGAUCUUCUGGGUUCAACACCGGCGCCGCCGGCCACCAGGCUGGAUUCGGCAAGACCGCGCACGGAGGUGCUGCUGGCGUCGGCGGGGUCGGUCUCGGCCUUCAUUAAUG